AUGGGUAAAACAACUCUAGCAAGAGUUGUUUACAGUAUGAUUUCUAAUCAAUUUGAAGCAUGUAGUUUUGUUGCUAAUGUCAGGGAAGUUUGCGAAAAAUAUGGCAUACUUCAGUUACAACAAAAACUUUUGAAUGAUCUUUCAAUUCUAAGAGACAUGAAUGUAAAAGAUGUUGAUAAUGCAGUUUACAUGAUCAAGAAUAGGUUACGUCACAAAAAGAUUCUUCUCAUUAUUGAUGAUGUAAAUGAAUUAGACCAGAUGAACAAAUUAGGUGCGAAGCAUGAUUGGUUAGGUCCAGGUAGUAGAGUUAUCAUAACAACAAGAGAUGCGAAGUUGCUAACGACCCAAAAAGUAGAUGGAAUAUAUGAGGCUAAAGUAUUGAGUAAUGGUGAAGCUUUUCAUCUUUUUAAUUUGAAAGCUUUUGACAAAGAGCAUCCUCCUAAAGAUUAUCUAAAGCUAUCCCUAGCCUUUGUACAUUAUGCUGGUGGCCUUCCUUUAGCCAUUGAGGUUUUGGGUUCCAUUCUAAACGGAAGAAGUACUUUUGAAUGGAAAAGUGUAUUAGAUAGGCUUAGAGAAUUUCCUGAAAGAAAAAUUCUCAAUGUACUUCAAAUAAGUUUUGAUGGACUACAUGAAACAGAGCAGGAAAUUUUCUUGAAUAUUGCAUGCUUCUUUAAUCAUAAAAAUCAAGAAACUAUUAUUCCAAUAUUAGAUUGUCUUGAGCUUUACCCUAAAAUUGGAUUAAGUACUCUUAUUGAAAAAUCUCUCAUCAAGUUGGAAGACAAUCAAUUGUGGAUGCAUGAUUUGCUCCAAGAAAUGGGUCGAGAUAUAGUCCGUAGAGAGUGCCCAAAAGACCAACCUGAGAAGCGUAGUAGAUUGUGGUUGUAUGAAGAUAUUGACAAUGUGUUGACAAAUAAUACGGGAACAGAAGCAAUUCAAGGCAUCGUCUUACCGUUUCUAGGAACAGAAGGGGCACAGUGGAAUCCUGAAUCAUUUUCAAAGAUGAAUCGUCUAAAACUCCUCAUAAUUGAAGAUUCUUACCUCAUGUAUGAUCCCAAAAAUCUUCCUAAUGGCUUAAGAUAUCUUAAUUGGCAUGGGUACCCUUCAAAAUCUUUGCCAACAAGUUUCCAACCAGAUGAGUUAAUUGAACUUCACCUGUGUUUUAGCAACAUUGAACAACUUUGGACAAGAGCAAAGCCUUGGGAGAUGUUGAAAAAGCUUAUUGUUCUUAAUCUAGAAGGUUGUAAAAAUCUCAAAAGUCUUCCAAGAAAAUUUGAGAUGAAGUCUCUAAAGAUCCUUAUUCUUUCCAACUGCUCAAAAAUUAAAACAAUUCCAGAAUUUGGGGAGAAUAUGGGACGUGUAAAAGAUCUUUACUUAAAUGGCACUGCUAUUACAAAACUACCCACAUCAAUUGGGAAUUUGAGUGGCCUUGUUUCAUUGGAUGUAAGGGAUUGUAAAAAUCUUAUGUCUCUUCCCAGCACCUUUUUUAGUUUGACGGGGCUUAAAGAUCUCAGUCUUUCUGGCUGCUCAAAACUAAUAGAGAACUUGGGGCGUGGUGAAAGUUUUGAUGGGAUCGGACAAAUGCCUUCUUCUAAGGCCAUUUGCCUUCCGGAAAGCAUCGCUCAACUAUCUAAUCUAAAAGUUUUGAAGGUGGAUAAUUGCACGAGUCUUCAAUCCUUUCCAACGCUUCCUUUAAAUAUAGGUUAUGUUGAAGGAUUUGGUUGCUCCUCAUUGGAAACGGUACCAGUUUUGUUGAGACCAAAUUCUUCAUUUGAGCCAAGACUCUUUCUUUCAAAUUGCAGCAAACUGACUGGCAAUCAAGGAUUCAUUGACUUGUUUUUUGCAGUUAUAAAAAAGUCUCCUCAGGGACUCUCUCCUAACUAUCACGGGGAAAGAUAUGGAAUGGUUUUUCCUGGAAGUGAAAUACCGGAGUGGUUUAGCCAUCAAUGUAUGGGGAAUGAAGUGAAUAUAAUGGAACCUUUUUCUCAUUUGUGUAAUGACUGGAUUGGGAUUGCUGUUUGCAUUGCAUUUUGUUCUCUUUCAUGUCGCCAAAUUAAUUACAGUCCAGUUCACUUCCGGUGGAGAGUCAAUGGAAAAGAUAUGUCUUCCGUAGGUAUAAAUGGAAGAGCUUCGAAUUACUGCAUUUCCGAUGUUAUGGUUGCUUUAUCAGAUCAUAUUUGGCUAUGGUAUUUGCUUCCUCAAGACGUCUGGGAGAAGGACAGAAAAUCACUGUGGGAAUGUGAUGCAAAUGGAUUCCGUGAGAUUGGAAUUAAAAUUGAUAACACAGAUUCAGGCUUGGUGAAGAAAUGCGGGUUGCGUGUGGUAUACAAGAAAGACAUUGAAGAUCUCAACGGUAAUGUGGUUCAGAGUGGCAACAACAGCAUCAUUCCCUAUGAGGGCUUGAAAGAGUCCCUGAAUUUAUGGCCCAUGUAUACGUUUAUAAAUGGAUUGUCCACCAUAUGUUUGAUUACAGUUGUCAAUGAGUCUCCUAGCAGUUUUACUAGAAUGAACAAAGAAUGGGUAACUAACAGUUCAAAAACAAAGAAAAGCCUCAGCAGCAGCAGGAUAAGCAAGUCCACACCUUUAGAGAGUGUUCCAACUGGUGACCAACCACGUUGGAUGAGAGCUGCAAGGCAACUUUAUUGGCUUUUUUAUGAAGCAUUAUUGAAGAUUCUAGCUUUGGGAUUUCUCUCUGUUAGUAUUCUUAGAAGCAACAAAGAGGUGGCAGAGUUACCUAAUAGAGAGGCUGUGGUAAAGGACAAAUGUUUGGGAUUGACAUGUGGAUAG